GAUAUUUGUUUGUCAGUCAGUCACUUGGACCUGGGUCAGAAUUAGCCCUUCUACUAGUAAAUACAAUUCAGCGGGAUUUGACAGCACCCAGUGUUCUGCAGGUUGCAGCUGCCAUUGCUGCAUUACCAGUAAUCAUAACACCUGAUUUGACACCUACUAUCAUUACCCCCCUUACACAUUGUCUUGCUCAUCAGCAGGCAUACAUCAGGCGUCGGGCAGCAGUCAUGAUGGGUGUAAUGGCAAAAAGGUGUGGGGAAGAACUUUUCAGUACUUCUGGAGACCAAAUACCACAUCUCCUUCACUUGCUAACUAAUCAUGAUCCUGGAGUUGCACUCUCUGCAAUCAUGUCUUUAGCAAAAAUAUAUAAGGCAUGUGGACAACAAAAGCUUGACCUGCAUGAUCAAGUUGCAAAGAGUGCAUCACAUAUGCUUACACAGGCAGUUAAUGGUGCUCUUCCAAGAGACUAUCAAGUCAAUGCUCUGCCAGCCCCAUUUGUUCAGAUCCAGAUGAUGAGAGUGUUGCAGUUGUUAUCAGAAAGAGAGUGGCAGCCACCCAAGGAAGUAAUUGAAGCAUUACAUUUGGUUUUGCGUCAGCCAUGGGGUGGUAAGGAAGUUGCUCUCUAUUCAGUACUGCUAGAAUGUGUUUUCACCAUUACAACUAUGCCAUACCACGAUGCCUUGGUCACCAGCACUCUAAAGGUUGUACUAGGGUUUUUGAAGAGCAGUAAUGUAGACCUGAAGUACGUGGGUCUCAAAGCAUUGGCAAGUGUGUUUUCUGUGCUUGAGGAAGCUCUCACUCCAACUCAUCUAGAGGCAGUCUUGGAUUGCCUGUAUCACUCAGAUAAAAAUCUUCAGGCAAAAACACUGAGGCUGCUCUGUGCAAUGGCGAAUACACACAAUUAUCAGGCUGUGUGCUCAACUUUGUUGGAGUUCUGUGGACGAACUGAAGGACAGAUGACCCAAAAAGCAAUUCUGGAAGAACUGUCAUCAAUUUUAGCCAAAUACUGUAGAGAUGUAAUGUGGUGUGUGGAUUUCCUCUCACCUCUGAUUAUUGGUUCAGUGAUUCCAGAAAAAAACUUGACUGAUAACAUUGUACAAGUAAUUGAACAGG